AUGUUCAUUUUUUUUAUUGUCUCAGCUUGUGAUCCUUUCUUUCCAAUUUCACCAUGUAAGUUUCUUCUAAUGCAAGCAAUUAUCUGGGUUAUAAUUCUAUCAACUUACAUAUUAACCUCACCAGUUUCCGUUGUUGACAUGGCAGAUGUGGAAGUUGUUGAUCCGAAAAAGUGCCUUGAGGAAUCUUGCAAACCAAAAUGUGUGAAGCCACUACUUGAAUAUCAGGCGUGUGUCAAGAGGAUCCAGGAUGAUGAGUCUGGACACAAACACUGCACUGGGCAGUAUUUUGAUUACUGGCAAUGUGUUGACAAAUGUGUCGGACCUAAGCUGUUUGCGGAACUAAAAUGA